AUGCAGUCUGGGGCGACUCGUGCGCAGCAGCAUCAAAUUCAGCAUGAAUCUCCUGAAGGAGCUUUGUCGGGCGCACCACGUGGAAGGAUACUCCAGGAGGAAUCCGCUUGCGAAAGAGCUAUUCCUACAAGCGCUCCUUUGGUCGUGCGAUCCCAACUGUAA